AUGGCUCCCGCCAAAAAGAGUAAAAAUGCCUCCAGCCCUCCAUCUACCGGCGACACCUCCGCGCCGCUUGCCGACUACUUCUUCAUUGCCGGAAUCGAGUCGUCGCAGGUGUACGAUGAGAGACUCUCGCCCGCCCCACCCGCUGCCCAGCCGGUCGAGGACACCAUUGACGAGGAUCGGGAGCUGGAGAUUGACAGCAUACACAACACCCGUCCCACGACACCCGGUUCGCCCACCGACACCGUCAACAGGAGGUCCCGGUAUAGCUUCGAGGCCAGAAAGAGCGUCGGCAGUAUGAUCAACUCGGUGGAUGAGAAGAUACCUUCGAGCAAUCGCAGCAGCACAACAAUCAGGGCCGUGCAGGUCAACGAGGGCCUGUUGGGGGACGAUGAUGCUUUCGAAGAGGCGCUUAAGAAGUUCGCUUCGGAGAGGGACAGUUUUCUCGAGGACAUUCAUGUCUCCGCUGGCACAGUCACUCAGCAGAAUCCGCAGAAGAGAACACGGCCAAAGACGGUCCGAAUUCAUGGGCAGGAUGAUCCUGGCGCCUCGAGCGUCAAUGGGAUCCAGAGGGGUGUUGGCAGUCUGCGCAGAAGGUUGUCUACGAUGAACAGCAUGAAGAGAGCUUCCUCGACACGCACGGCACGGCAGUCGAAGAGGUUGAGUGGAUACAACAGUGUCAUCCCGGCGCCUCAGCCGUUUCAGACAACGCCCGAUAUGCACCCUCUCAAACGGAGGUAUGAGCCAGUACUUCUUGAUCGGUAUCCUACAAAGACGAUGGUCGAUGAGUCCAAACGGAGGACACCCUUUCCGGACUAUGUCCCCAUGUUCGCAUUUCCGAAUGAUGUGUCGGUGGUUUCCUUGGACGAACGGCCCAGAUCGACGUGGCACGGCUUUGCCAUGACCAACUCGGAUAAUAGCAAGCUUUAUGGUGUGGUGGUGACUUUAUGGGUGCCGCUUCAUGAUGCAGCAUCGGAUGCGUUGGAAAGACAGUGCGAGGAGUGGAGAAGAGCAAACAUGAGCGAAGAGGAGCGCGAGCUGGCCAGCAGUCUCGGCGAACGGUUGUCCAACGAGCGAGCGAAGCUGAGCAGGCUGCUUGCUGAAUUGCCUGGUGUUGCAUCUGGAUCUGACGAGCGAGAGAAGUUGGAAGAGGAGAUUAGCACGGUCGAGGAGAAGAUUGCCCUAAUGACAGAUUUACUACGACCGGUACGGCACGGUGCUGCAUCGAAAAUUGAUGGCCUGACAGAAGGCGAUAGUGGAUUCUGGAUACCUCGUGCAUACGGCAUUUUGGGAAGGGACGCGAGCUUGACCAGCUUUUGGAAGGAGUGGCUGAAAGCUAUCACGGUGCCCAUGCUGAACGGGGCGGUGCUGCGUGUACCGGCCAGUUCGCCCAAGGUUGGACUGUGGCAGCCAUUGGAGCGAUAUGUGUGCAACCUAUGCAUUGAAGCACUGAGCCCGAUCACAUCGAUAACCCAGGUUGAGGUUGCGAUUCGGGACCUCCGAUUGUAUGCGCGGAAAGAGGCGAUCAACGAGAUCCCUGGCUCACGAAACACGGAUCUGUACGCACUCUUCCGGUGCCUGACGGUUCCAAACAUCAUCACCUUGUUUGAGUACGCUCUGGCUGAGUCGCGGAUCAUCCUGCUUUCGUCGCACACAGCGAUGCUGCAGCUGGCCUGUGCUGCAUUGACAAGCCUACUCUACCCGCUGAAGUGGGCUGGCGUGUUGAUCCCAGUGCUGCCGUACCGUCUCAUCCAGGCGCUCGAGGCGCCCUGUCCUUACAUAGCGGGCGUGGAGCGGAGGUACGAAAAGUUGGAGCUUCCUGACGAUGACUUCUGCCUGGUGGAUCUGGACCUGAACACCAUUGAAAGCACCGAGCCACCCACCAUGCUGCCUCGGCCCCAAAGGAGGAAGCUUCACGCUCUCCUGCAAGCAGCGGCUCCGCACCACACACGAUUCGGCGUCCCGGUCGGACCUCCUGCAUAUGCCAUCGAGACGUUCCCUUGCGAUGCUUUCUCUUCUGAGAAUCCGCAGGUCUUCAACCCCAGAGCGGUGCCAUCGACUAUCGCCAACUACGUCAGUGAGAGCUCGACAACGUUCGGGGACGUCUCCGGCCUGCCCGCCCUGUCGCGGCAAACCGUGUUCAACGCUUUCUUGUCGCAGCGGCCAGACGCGACCAGGGGGAGCGACAGGCCAUCAACCAGCUCGACCAGCACUGGAGCGACGAGCCAAUCAUCAGGAGCCUCACCACCGUCGCCCACUACGGCAACGUCACCAAUCUCCAGCAGCUUCCCGGGCUCAGGAGAGUCUCGGAACGACUCAGGCUUUGCGCUCCAGGCCUCACUCCGCGAGAAGCGUUCUGGCCAUUUUCAAAAUGGCCUCGCCAGGCGCAAUUCUGCUGUAACUUCCCUCUUUAAUGCUCGGCAUCCGCUCCAGGACAAGACUAACACUGAGGACCAGCUCAGUACAAUCCGACGGCCUAGUGCACCGACAUUUGGCCACCAUCCAAGCAUGUCGACUUCUACACUCGGAGCACCUUCGAAUUAUGCCCCGAGUGUAUAUGCAGCCAGCACAAUGGCGGCGAGUACAAUCAUGCAAACGCCCACCAUCCAGCCUGUGCGCGAUAACGAAGCCACCAAAUGGGUGGAAGGCCACUGCUUGCAACGCCGCGCCGGUGACGGCAAGGUCUACUGUUCUGUCUGCGACGACAAGUGCGAUGCGGAUGUGUUCAGAUGCAACGGUAUGUCUUACAAGUCAGCCUCACUGACUUCUUUCACUGACGAAAUCUAGGCUGUGGCAUUACCAUCCACGCCCACUGCGCACCGACGGUUUGCGUCGUGUGCCCAAUGGCUUUCCGAGCAGACCAGGUGAGAGCAGCAUUCGUCCGCUGCUUCGCAUCUCUCUUCUACACUUAUCGUCGCUAUAUGCACCCCGCUUCGGGCGAGCGCAAGAAGCAGGGCUUGACCUAUCACUUCAACAUGGAACAGUUCCUCCGAAGCGUUCCACAUGGCGACAGCGAAUACAUGAACAUGCUGCGACAGACGCAAGCUUUUAACGAAUUCAUUCACGACCGGGAGUCCAGCCGCGCCGAAGACCCGUCGAUCAAGCUAUUUGACGAGAUCAUCCUCUCGAAGCGCAACAGAGGACGAACGUCCUUCUUCAACAAGUCCAACACCCAUUUCCUGUCGGAUACCUCGGACCAUCUGUGGCGAUCAGCGGCUGCUACGCCUCCUGGCAGUCGGUUCCCGGGAGACGUAAGGACAGAGGCGGGGAGGACUCCUGCAAAGUUGGACUCCACGCUCAUGAAGGAGCCGAGGAGCAUACAGGGAGCGCCAAGAUUGCAGCAGGCACGCACGAAGCGGAAACCUGUCGCGAGCAUGUUGGGAUUGAGUUCCCAGAGUGCGGAGCCUUAG